AUGUACUAGUUUCUACCACUUGCAGCUGUUAGGGUUACUUUCGCGAUACAGGAAGAAGGAAGUCAAGCGGUGGUCUCGCUUGACACAGUUAAGAAAGGGUUAUCAAGGUUUCUGGUAUAAUUCAUAGCCUCUACAUAAAAAUAGCAACACUGUAUGAAAACAGCAUCCUACAAACAGUUAAUGAGACCAGAGAAGAAUGGCUUCUGGGAAACAAGGUGAGUCCAGGAAGUUUGACCCAACCUUUAAAGGACCAAUACACAACAGGAGCUGCACAGAUGUUCUCUGCUGCAUCCUCUUCAUCCUGGCGCUGCUGGGCUACUUUGCUGUGGGCAUUGUGGCCUGGUCCCAGGGUGACCCCAGGAAGGUCAUCUAUCCCACAGAUAGCAAAGGACAGUUCUGUGGACAGGCUGGGAGCCCCUUGGAGAAGAAGCCGCUCCUGUUCUACUUCAACAUCCUGAAGUGUGCCAGCCCCCUGGUGCUGCUGGAGUUCCAGUGCCCCACCACGCAGCUAUGUGUGGAAAGAUGCCCUACCAGAUACCUAACGUUACUGAAGGCCUAUAUCAACAAAGGGGAAGACCUGACGUACUACAGGCAGUUUUGCAAGGAAGGAGUGGACUUCAAAAUGAGCGUUGUCGAGAUCCUAAGAGAUGGUCUGUGUCCCUCGAUGGUGAUGCCUAGCAAAGCUUUCACCCGUCGCUGCCUACCGGCCCUGAGCACAAAGAAAGGUGUUGUCGUGGUUGGGAAUGAGACUUCCUUUAGCGACAGUGAUGGCGAGCAGGUGAACGCCACCGAACUUCUGGAUGCGUCAAAGAAGUCGAAUGUGGUCUUAGAGGCUCGCCAGGUGGCAAUGAGGAUCUUUGAGGACUACACGGAAUCUUGGCACUGGAUCUUGUUAGGUCUGGUGAUUGCCAUGGUGGUCAGCCUCAUCUUCAUCGUCCUCCUUCGCUACCUGGCUGGGGUCAUGGUCUGGGUCAUGAUCAUCUUGGUGAUACUGGUCAUCGGAUAUGGGAUUGGUCAUUGCUAUGUGGAGUAUGCCAGCCUGCAAGGCCAGCCUGGUGCUGAUGUCACCAUCGGAGACCUGGGGCUGCAGACAGACUUCUCUGUCUACCUGCAGAUCAGACAGACCUGGCUGGCAUUCAUGAUCAUCCUGGCCAUUGUGGAGGUUGUCAUCAUCCUCCUCCUCAUCUUCCUCAGAAAGAGAGUUCUCAUCGCCAUCGCCCUCAUCAAGGAGUCAAGCAGGGCUGUCGGCCAUGUUAUGUCAUCGCUGUUCUACCCCCUGCUGACCUUUGCCCUCCUGGCCCUCGUCAUCGCCUACUGGGGCAUCACAGCUGUGUUCUUAUCCACCUCCAAUGACCAGGUGUACAAAGUGUUCAACACCUCGGAUUGUGAGUACUCCAGAGACACCUGCGAUCCCAAGACAUUCAACACCUCGAACAUCACCACCCAGUGCCCGGACGCUGAGUGCCUAUUUGCGUUCUACGGGGGCGAGACCUACUACCACAAGUACCUCAUUCUGUUCCAGUUCUACAAUGUCUUCCUCUUCUUCUGGUGUGCAAACUUUGUCACGGCACUGGGUCAGGUGACCAUGUCUGGAGCCUUCGCCUCUUACUAUUGGGCCUUCAAGAAGCCAGACGACAUCCCUGCCUACCCCAUCUUCUCCUCACUGGGACGAGCCCUGAGAUACCACACUGGCUCGCUGGCCUUUGGUUCUCUCAUCCUGUCUCUGGUCCAGGUCAUCAGAGUGGUCCUGGAGUAUCUGGACCAGAAGCUGAAAGGAGCCCAGAAUAAGUGUGCCAAGUUUCUCCUGAGUUGCCUAAAGUGUUGCUUCUGGUGUUUGGAGAAGUUCAUCAAGUUCCUCAACAGAAACGCUUAUAUCAUGAUCGCGAUCUACGGCAAAAGCUUCUGUCCCUCAGCCAGAGAUGCCUUCUUCCUGCUCAUGAGGAACAUCGUGAGAGUGGCUGUCCUGGACAAGGUGACUGACUUCCUUCUGUUUCUGGGGAAGCUGCUCAUCGUCGGGAUCGUGGGAAUCUGUUCUUUCUUCUUCUUCUCGGGGAGGAUCAAGGCCGUGGAGCAGACGGCUCCCUCUCUCAACUACUACUGGGUCCCCAUCCUGACGGUUGUGGUGGGAUCCUACCUCAUCGCCCAUGGCUUCUUCAGUGUGUAUGCCAUGUGUGUGGACACCCUCUUCCUCUGCUUCUGUGAGGACCUGGAGAGAAACGACGGCUCGUCCGAGCGGCCGUAUUUCAUGUCCCCCGAGCUCCACGAGAUCCUCUCCAAGGCUACGAAGGCGGAGGACGACGGCGCUGAGCAGCCCGAUGCUCCGGCGCAGGUGGACGAUGUCCGACUGGAAGAAGAAACACCACUCCAGCAGCAAGACGGAGAAGUCCAGCUCAAACACCUCGACGUUCUGAAGAAGGAGGCCGAGGAGGAACAACCUUUGCAGGCGAAGUCUGAUGUGGAGGAAGCCCCAGAGGAGAAGACAGAGGGGAAAGACCUGGAAGCAAAUGAAUUAGAGGAGAAGAAAGAACCGGAAGUAAAGACAGAAGUGGCUGAGAAGGAGACUGAAGAAAAGCAGGAAAUGAAGGAAGGAACGACUGGCGAGGUGGUCCCUGUACCGGCAGAACCUAAGAAAGAAGAUAACGAAGAAAAGAAAGAUGUAAUGGAGGCACCCAAAGAUGGCAGUGGUUCUCCCUCCCCCCCCAAGGAGUAGUGCUUAUGGGUAAUGUAGUGAGGAAGAGAAGCCCGGUUAACCUCAUAACAUUGUGUCCUUUGGAUCUACUGUACCAGUAACUGACAACUACUGUAUGUGGUUUGGACAAGUUAAAUGUAAAAUCACCAACUCGAAUGCAAGUCAGUGAUGCAUAUCUUAUUGCUAUAUCCACAGGGUCACUCAAAUACUUGCUGGUUGUAGCAAAAAUCCUCAUUUGUGUCGUAAGCAGGCCACACAACCCCAGUGCAUCCCUGUAGCUUGGAAAAAUAAUAUUUUACUGUGGCCGUUUUUAGACAGUGUUGUUUUUUUAUUGUGCAGAUCUGUAGAACUGUGAGUGCUGAACCUGUGCCUGACUCGACUUUGUAAAUACUUCCUAUAAUAUUGUCUUAAUCACAUUAACAAAUGCACUACCAAGCCACCACUACCCUGUUUACAGUCAUAAACGAAAAUCUCAAUCUGAUAGACGUGUUCACCGUUUACAUCAACACCAGCUGACGCCAAAUGGUUUGAAUCCUUUGAUAGAAGUGAUGUUCAUAUGUUGUUUUUAUCUCAAUGGAAUUAACGUGUUCACAUACUUCUGACUAACAGACAACUUAGCUUCUGUCUUGUAUUUCGUCAUGUAGACCCCAGCCCGGAUAUUGUGUUGGAUUUGGUUGGAUUCAGUGUAUUGACAUGCCACCUUCUUGCCUUGGUAUUCCGCACUCGCAUCAGUGCUGUGAUUGUGUCGCAGCUCGUCUUGACCUCUCUGAAACCGCAAGUCUCGUAACCGUUUACUGACACUACUUGCCUUUCUCUGACACGUUCUCUAUCUCUCGUUUCCUCUCUCCAUCUUUCUCUGUCUCUCUUGGGCUGCAUGGCGUCACUGUAAAGUUGCCUGGCGAGGGCUUUUCUAAAAACCUAACCUCAUGUCUUGAUGCUUUUUUACCGUCUUCGAUGUACUGUGUCACUAAGUGAAUGUUGUAGCUCGAUGAGUCUUUCAUGGAUGAAACAUGCCUAUUCAUUUUGCUUCUGUUGGAUACAGCUGUUGAUUAAAGUUUCUUGUAUUGAUGAAA